AUGGAUGUUGUGGGACUGUACCCGCAUAUUCCUCAUUUGGAAGGUCUGUCUAGUAUGAGAAAAAGUAUUGAGGAUUUCAGAAAAAAUUGUGGUAUGGAUAAAGGGGAGGGUCUUUCUGUAGAUGAUUUGAUUGAUUUAGCCAAAAUUAUAUUAGAUAACAAUUAUUUUGAAUUUGGCGAAAAAGUGUUUAAACAAAAGUUAGGGACAACCAUUGGCACAAAAUUUGCUUCAGCGUUUGCAAAUAUUUUUAUGGCAGAACUGGAAAAUAAAAUGUUGGCGGGGUAUCACUUGAGUCCUUCAGUAUGGUUCAUAUUUUUGGAUUAUAUAUUUUUUAUUUGGCUUCAUGGUAAAGAAUCCCCGUUGGAAUUUUAA